AACAGAAAAAAGAAAAAUAAUCGAGAGAGAAGAAUAAGAAUAAAAAGGGUGUUAAACCAAGCCAGUUUUGGUUUCUGGGAAGGGACCAGUUUGUAGAAAGAUGGUGAAGAAUUGGAGGAAAGCUUUGAUUUUGGUGCUGUUUACAGUCUGCAUUCUGGGGUUUAAGCCUGGAUUUGUCAAUGGCGAAACGGAUCAAGGAGAUGUGUCUGCUCUAGGGGUUAUGUACAGUGCUUUAAAUUCACCACAGCAGCUAACCGGGUGGACCGCUAGCAACGGUGAUCCAUGUGGGCAGUCCUGGAAAGGUGUUACUUGCUCAAACAAACGUGUCACCGAAAUUAAACUGUCGAAUCUUGGACUUUCCGGGACAAUGGGUUACAGCCUUCAAAGUUUGACAUCAUUGAAAGAAUUGGACUUGAGCCAUAACAAUCUUGUUGGAGACAUACCAUAUAAUAUUCCUCCAAACUUGCAGCGAUUAAAUCUUGAAUCUAAUCAAUUUACCGGAGGCGUCCCUUUUUCCAUCAGUCAGAUGCCUUCUCUUCAGUACCUGAAUCUUGCUCAUAACCAGCUUCAGAAUGCCUUGAGUGACAUGUUCGGAUCGCUUUCUUCCCUCUCCACAUUGGAUCUCUCUUUCAAUUCUAUGACCGGUUCUCUACCCGAGAGUUUUAAGAAUCUUACCAGUAUAAGCACUAUGUACUUGGAAAACAACCAGUUUUCGGGCACUAUCGAUGUCCUUGCAAAUCUUCCCCUUGAUAAAUUAGAUGUUUCCAAUAACCGGUUUACCGGCUGGGUGCCUGCUCAAUUGAAAAGUAUCAAUUUGAAGACGGACGGUAAUUCAUGGAGCUCGGGGCCUGCACCCCCACCUCCACCUGGUACUCCUACUACUAGAAACACCAGAAAGCACAAAUCUGGUAGCAAUGGUUCCAAAUCAGAUGGUGGUUCCAAUAGUGGGAGUAGCAGUUCAGGAAUCGGAGGUGGAGCCAUAGCUGGAAUAGUGAUAUCAAUCCUCAUUGUCGGGGCUAUUGUAGCAUUCUUUUUGGUGAAGAGAAGAUCCAGGAGGUCGUCCUCAGAUAUUGAAAAGCUCGAUAAUCAACCCCUUGCUCCUCUUGCUUCUAAUGAAGUGCAAGAAAUAAAAUCCGUGAAGUCUUCAUCUUCAUUUGAUAGCCAGGCACUUGACACACCCCUUUCAAUAAAUCUUCGACCCCCUCCUGUCGACCGUCACAAAUCAUUCAAUGAAGAAGAGUUCAAUAAAAAGCCUAUUGCUGUUAAGAAAGCUGUACCGCCUCCUACAAAUGUUAAAUCAUAUUCAAUAGCAGACCUCCAGAUGGCUACAGGCAGUUUCAGUGUUGAAAAUUUUCUUGGUGAAGGGUCUUUUGGACGAGUUUAUCGAGCUCAGUUUGGCAAUGGAAAAGUUUUGGCUGUGAAGAAAAUAGAUUCAUCAGCUCUUCCCAGUGGAAUGUCUGACGAUUUUAUGGAGAUGGUUUCAAAUAUUUCCCAGUUGCAUCACACAAAUGUGACGGAGCUGGUUGGAUAUUGUUCGGAACAUGGACAUCACCUCAUUGUCUAUGAGUUCCACAAAAACGGUUCACUUCACGAUUUCUUGCAUAUACCAGAUGAGUACAUCAAGCCAUUAAUUUGGAACUUGCGAGUCAAAAUUGCUUUGGGGACUGCACGUGCACUAGAGUACCUGCAUGAAGUUUGCUCUCCAUCCGUCGUUCAUAAAAAUAUCAAGUCAACAAACAUCUUCCUUGAUUCUGAGCUCAAUCCUCACCUUUCUGACUCGGGCUUGGCAACCUUUAUUCCGAAAGCAGAUGAGGUAUUAAAUCGCGACGAUGCAGGGUCUGGAUACAGUGCACCGGAGGUUAAAAUGUCCGGCCAGUACUCUCUUAAGAGUGAUGUUUACAGUUUUGGAGUGGUUAUGUUGGAGCUUCUCACCGGACGUAAGCCCUUUGACAGCACAAGGCCCAGACUAGAGCAAUCUUUGGUUCGAUGGGCAACACCUCAACUCCACGACAUCGAUGCUCUAUCCAAGAUGGUUGACCCGGCACUCGAAGGGCUUUACCCGGUUAAAUCUCUCUCUCGUUUUGCUGAUGUCAUCGCUCUUUGUGUCCAGCCCGAGCCUGAGUUCCGACCACCUAUGUCGGAAGUGGUUGAAGCACUGGUUCGGCUCGUGCAGCGAGCUAACAUGAGUAAGCGAACAACAGGGAUGGAGCAAGGUGCAUCUCCGCGAACCAACAACCCUAAUGAUACACAUGACUACAUGUAAUGACGAAAGAUCUCUUGAUUGAUUGUUUUGGUGAUGAGGACUUUGAGAUUGUAAUCAUGUUCGAACGUUUUAUUUUUGGGUUUCAUUGUAAAAUAAUUAUACAUUCCUUAACUUUAGUUUUGGUUUCAAUUCAGUCCCUGCAGUUUGUAAUAUGUUGCAGUAUAGUCCAACUGGUGAUACCCUCACAUUGAAAUUCUUUCACCCUUCUGUAC